AAGCCGGCCCCUUUCAUUCACCAGUGGUUUUACCAAGAGACUGACAGAGAUCAUGGUUAAACUGUUUUGACACGUCUCUCAGUGAUAUUUGAAUCAUGAAGGUCACAGACAGUAAUGUGAUCCGCUUUCACCUUCAAGUUCUUCACGGGAUAACAGUGAGGAGCUUUGAGAGGAAGAAGGAGAGACUGUUUAUUGGCGGCGCAAAGAUCUUUGGUGUUCCUCUGGAGAAUUUGCCCCGGAAAUACAUCCCUGAGUUUGGACUGGUGCCGUGCUUUUUGGUGGAAGCUUGUUCGUUUCUUCUGGAGCGCGUUGCGACCGUCGGCCUGUUCAGAAAACCAGGAUCUCUUCCCCGCAUAAAGACCCUCAGGGCCAAACUGAAUAAGGGAGAGGGGUGUCUGUCCACAGCCCUCCCCUACGACGUGGCCACUCUGAUCAAACAGUUUUGCAGGGAGCUGCCGGAGUCUUUGUUCCCCUCGGAGCUCCAUGCCGCCCUGCUCAAAGCUCAGGCUCUGGCCGACCCGGAGGACAGGACCUCAGCCCUCCAGCUGCUGUCCUGUCUGCUGCCUGCAAGGAGCUCCUCCAGUCUGCACUACCUGUUCAGCUUCCUCUCCAAAGUCUCCCACAGAUGCACCGAAAACUUGAUGACCAGCAUGAACCUCGCCACAAUCUUCGCCCCGUGUCUUUUACCUCCUCCGAACAAGGCAGAGAUGACUGAAGGGCGACUUGAACUGAGAGUUCUGGUCCUUCGCACCUUCAUUGAAAAUCCUCAUUUAUUUGGUGUGAUUCCUAAGGCGGUAAUGGACAGUAUGGAGUUUCUGAUGAAUUUUCCUCUCCUGAAAGACGUAAAGAGGGGACAUAAAAAGAGACACAGUUUCAAAGGGAUGCAUUCAGUGAAGACGGUCCCCUUGAAUCAAGGGAGGUCAAAGGUCAAACCUGCAGUCUCCGAGACUGAGAAUGAGUCAACCUCAGGAGGGAGAAAACCGCUGAGGAGGAGCCUCGGUCUGGACUCUUUCCCCAGUGUUCUGCUGUUUAGGACCUGUUUUGCAGAACAUGGUGACAAACCUGCAGGGACUUUGUUGGACAGUCCCAGACCCACUCGCAAAGACUCGUGCAAGACCCCACAAGAGAAACUGACGAGAGAUCUGCAUUUGACUCAUUUCCCGAGGUUCAACAGGAAUUUGGAUGUAGCCAGUUCUCCUGUGCUCACUGGUGUUGGGAAACUGAGGCUCACACCAUGGAGAAGACGCACAUCACUAUAACGUGUUGAAUAUUGAGAAAUGCUCAUGUGAGUUACCCCACAUUACUGUAGCAUUUAGAUUAUAAUCUCUGACAGUCCACUUUGCAUUUAUAAGGUGACUGAGUGUGGUUGACGGUUUUAAAUCAGAUGACCAAAGUUAUGUUUUAACCUUCUAUUUUAAUGAAUUUAUGUAUUUAUAUCACAACAAGACUGUUGUUUCAAGUGAAUAAAUGGUUUUGAAUUCUUUUCAACA